AUGUCUUUCCCCCAGAUUUUGGAACAUAUCGAAAAGAGCCAUGUCUUUGUUUCACUCGAUAAGCUCGACCAGGCGAAAAGCGAGGUGCUGAAAGCGUCCAAGUUGAUAAACGCCCUCCUAACUAAACAAAACGAAGCCGACCCCGCAAUUAUCAAACUCCUUUCGAAAUAUAUACUUGAUCAUUAUGAUGGACUCAAACGACAGCAGCAGCAACAAAGACAAGAGAACGCAGUCUCGACGUCGACAAAGCUUCUAUGGCUUUCGUCCAAGUUGGCGAACGAGUGCGUCUGCUACCCGGUGUUGACUUUCGGCCCUGGCCUCGAUUCGACGUGCUCGAUUUUCAUUGACACCAAAGCUAACUACGAGGACCCAGAUCUGUCAUUGAUGUUGUUGCCCACUGGGAUCGACGCGGUGUUUACACGGGUGAGCGUGCGCAAUUGGACCACCGAGGAGUCAUCCCUCUCAAACCUAUGCCAGGACCUACUAGAAAACUGCUCGUUUGUUUCCUCGUUCUUGUCCUUGAUCGACCAGCGUUUUGACAUUGUCGACAGCAUAUCUCCCAAGCAAGAGUCGCAGCAUUACUGCGUGGUUCUUCACUACAACGGAGCGCGAAGGAGAGUCAACAUUGACAACCAGUUGCCCAUUAUCCCCAACUCGCAGAGAAACCUCUUCAUGAAAGCGCAAACCGGCGACGAGUUGUACUGGCCGGCAUUGAUCGAAAAGGCGUAUCUAAAGAUUAUAGGCUCCGGAUACGCUGUCAGCGGCUCAAACAUGGCUAACGACACCCACAUCUUGAGCGGAUGGCUUCCUGAGAUCAUAAGAUUGAAACAAGGGGAAUUGCCCGGUUUGUUGGCCAAGUUCUGGCCUCUCAAACAAAAGAAGCAAGUCAUCUUGGGAAUCGGCACGGGCAAGUUGAGCAAGAGGCUCGGCUCGCAACUAAACCUAAUAAGCGAGCACGACUAUAUGAUUGACAACGUUGGCCAGGGUCACGACCAUGACCAGGGCCAAGGGUCAAUCACUUUGAAAAACCCUUGGCUCGACACCGAUUCCAAGAAUAGAUACAUCACCACCGAUGACUUGUCGCAAUUUCGUUAUCUCUAUGUCAACUGGCGGCAACCUGACGUUGAGCAGUUUACAGAGAAUUUCAUCUACUCCAAGAAGAACAUCAUGGCCGACUUGCCCCGGUUUACACUCGAAUGCACAAGCGAAUGCUGGCUCUUGUUGGAGAGGCACUUACCGCUGGAACGUGGACACUGGUCCAGUAUUGACGUCUUUGAGUCAAAGUACCGCGUGCUCUCCCCUAUCCAAGCUAUAAACUUCAUGUCGUGCGAGACCAACAACAGACUUCAGCUACUCAAAUUGAAACCCGGAGCAUACACAGUUGUCAUUUGGUCUAACCUUGUCGGCAAGUUUUCAUUGACUUCCUACGGGUUCCCAUUGCAAAAGCUGGUGCUGCAGUACAAGUUUGUUAGCCGCAUCAAGGGGGAAUGGACCACUGAGACUGGCGGUGGCAACUGGUCACAGUCUAGUUUCCUCGACAAUCCCAUGUAUGAUAUUACUGUACGUGACGCUUGCGAGCUCACGAUUUGCUUAUAUGGAGAAGGCCCCGUGAAUUUCCACUUUCUACACACUGACUCUCAUCAGCAGGGCAAGAGGUUGAGGAAAUUUAUCAUGGCAAAGUCAUUCACGGGCGAUAAUUACAAUGAAAACUACCAGUCGGCGUCUUUGUCGUUGAAUCCCGGAAAUUACAAGCUUAUCGUAUCAACGUUCCAGUGCCGUACUGGCGAAUACACGUUGUUGUUCAACUCCUCGACUUUAUUGCAAGUGGAAAAAAUAUCAAAUACAACUGCCUUGUAUUCGACAAAAACAACACUAUCGUGGAACAAUGAAAACCGAUUCAAGUUGUACUUCAAUGUUGAAACCCGCAACACGUCGGUGACUUUUAAAAUCCAGCAUUAUGCCAAUAGCAACACCAUCCAGCGACAAACAGAUUACCGUCCCAAAUUGCGAGCCUCUGUGUUUGAUGCCUCGACAAGACAGCCAGUUCAGAUCAACGAGGAGUUUGAUGACGACACCUUGUAUGGACUAUACGUUGACCAAAAGUUUGCAAACCCGGGAACUUACAUAUUGCUAGUCGAAAGGUUUGAGAUUGGGUUCGGUCUGUGCGUUGUGCAAGUGGACAGUAACUACAAAGUAGACAUGCUAGCCGCCCCCCAAACCAACAACAAUCAAUAA